GGCGACGCACGCACGGGUCGUGGCGCAGAUGAGAGGCCAGGACACCGGGGGCGCAGGCAGCGGCGAGGCCAAGCCUGCAGACGCGGCUGCCAGCGCGGCAGCCCAGCAAGCCCCGCAGCCUGCGGCUGGCAGCGGGUCCCAGCAGGACGGCGGCCCCGUGCCAGACGGGCGCAGCGCCCGUUCUCUUGACCCCGCUUGCAGCCUAAGGCCCAGCAAGGACCGGCGCCUGACGCCCGCCGAUCAGUCCAACAGCCCCCGUAUGGCCCUCCGCCAGCGGGCUCCCCAGAUACCUGUAUGGGCUCGGCCCAGCGCGCCCGCUCGGCCCGCCAACCGCGGGGGCGACCUCGGGCCAGACGACGUGCGCGCGCACGUGUGGUACCUGCGGCACCUGGGCCUCGAGGUGGAUCAGCACUACAGGUGCCUGGUUGACCCCGUCCUGGGCGACGACGGCGAGCGCGCCGCGGUAUGCAGCCCGCAGCUGCUCUCCGACAACUACUUGCGAAAGGUCCUGCGCGCGAUCUGGCCCCAGGGCGUCAUCCCCGACGACGCCCUGCCUGACUGGCCACGCUGGACAUUCUGCGCGGAGCAGUACUUCGUGGGGCACGUGGUGGCGUGGCUGGUCGCGCGCGGCGGCGUGAUGGGCAGCUGGGGGCAGUGCUGCGCCGACCACGCCCUCGCUCAGCGCUACCCGCCCCUGGCGCACCGACAGCAGCUGCUAGCCUACGUCGUGCAGCUGGGCCAGCAGGCGGCGGAGGGCCCGCGUCCAGAGCCUGGAGCCCCCGGCCGUGGGCCCGCCGAAUACGGCCCCGAGCUGACGGACCACCCCAUCGCGGGGCUUGCUUCCGGACGCGACGCGGUCGCCCCGGAUUGCGUGCAGCGCGAAGUCAUGAGGCACUACAUCACCCUGGCCGCUCAGCGCCGCCGGCAGAGGACCAACUGGGCCGUGCAGAGGGCCUCCGAGACGGGGCGCCCCCGGGCGCGGAGCCUGGGCCCGAGCGGCUGGGACGCCGAGGCCUGCGGCGAGUUCCCGAGACAAUGGGGCGACGACCGCGCCGCCCUCGUGCGCCUGGUGAGCUUCCUGACGACGGGUGCAGUCAACGGCGGUGGCGAUCUUGGCGCGCGCUGGGAGCAGCGCAUCCGUGCCAACCGCGUGAGUUUCGGCCCCUCGCCCCUGGCCUACCCGCGACCGGUGCUGGAGGCAUUCGUUGCGGCCGCCGGCGUCAGAGCCGCGGGCAGGGGGCUGCUCGCCUACUGCCAGCCCAG